GCUCUGGAGGGGAAAGCUUGAGGUUUCCGGGAAGGCAGUACCGCCUUCCCCCCUCCUUCGCUCCAGCCCAGCCCCUAAUUACCAAGGGGAGAUGAUAAAAGGAGCCCCCGCUCCCCAGCUUCUCAUUCUGCCCUCCCCUCUGACUGACUCGUGAUCUGACUCCGGCUCCAACAUGCAAGUCCUCAGGCCCCUUCGCGCUCUGAGUGCGCUCCUCUUCCUGCCCCUACUCUCAUCCUCAGGAGCCCAGAAGAACCCAACCGAGCCGCAGGUCUGGGUGUACCCCCCAAACCCAGUGAUCCUCUCUGGCAGUUCAGUAGACAUGAACUGCAGCACCGAUUGCGCUAAUUCCCCUAAGAUCGGCCUGGAGACUAGGCUGCGGAAAAUCGAGUUGAGCGACGGGACGAAUUGGAAAGCCUGGAGGCUAAGGAAUGUUACCUGGGAUAAUAGUCCCUUGUGCUAUGUCAACUGCCCAGGGAAGGGUCAAAGCAGCACCACGGUUAACAUUACGGUUUAUGAGCCACCAAAGAACCUGGAGCUGAAUCUGGAGCCUUCUCAGGAGCGAUCUUCUCUCCCCUGGAUCCCUGUGGGCCAGAACAUCACUUUAAGCUGCCAUGUGGCAGGUGGAAGACCUCGGGAGAAUCUGAUGGUGUUGUUGCUUCGGGGAACCGAGGAAAUAAGCAGACGGCCUGUCCUGGAUGAUACCCUUGACACUGCUAUUGUCAAAUUCCGGAUCACAGCCAGAAGGGAAGAUGAUGAGGCCAGCUUCUCCUGCCACGCUGAGCUGGACCUUCAGCCCAGGGGAUUGAAGCUUUAUCAGAACAGCUCAGCACCCCUGAAGUUCUACACCUUUGCCUUGGCACAAGAGCCCCCAGUGCUUGUGACCCCCAAGCUCCUGGAGACUGAGACCAAGGAGCAAGUGAGCUGUGAGAUGGACAAGCUGUUCCCGGUGGAGAAAGCCCACAUACAACUGUCCUGGAGCAGGCAGAAGUUGAUUCAAAGCAACAUCACCCAACAUGGAGACUUGCUAAGGGCCACAGCCACAAUCAUGGCAGCAAAAGAGGAGAAGGGUGAUAGAAAGCUGACCUGCAGUGUGACACUGGGAAAUGAAACCAGGACUAUAUCAAAAAACCUGACAGUCUAUACCUUCCCACAACCAGAUCUUAUGGUCAGCGAGCCCAUCCUGGAGGGAAAUCAAAUAAACUUGACCUGCAAGGCAGACCCACCAGCCACAGUGCUGAUUGAGGGGGCUCCACGUGGUGAACCUGACCGGAUAUCCCUGAUAGUCCAGGAGAAGGACAACGGGCAUGUUUUCACCUGCCAAGCCACCCUGCAGUUGCGGGAAGAAACACUGCAUAAAAACAAAAGCCUGAAACUAAAUGUUCUAUUCCCCCCAAAGCUGGAUGAGAAAUGCCCAAGAAACUGGACCUGGGAUGAGGGGACUGAGCAGAUCCUGCAGUGCACGGCUAGAGGAAAUCCACCUCCCACCGUGACAUGUAUUGGAAAACAAGAGAUGCCAGUUGGGACACGGAAAAGUAUCACCAGGGCCCACAAUGGCACUUACAACUGCACUGCCAAGAACUCACAGGGAGAAGCAAGCCAAGUCGUGUUGGUACUUGUGAAGUUCCAGGAUGUGGACCUGAUGCCAAUUCUCAUUGGCAUACUGGUCAGCGUGGUGGUUUUGAGUAUUGUGAUCACCGUGGGAUAUGCCUAUUACCGACAGCAGAGGAUUAGAAGUUACGAGCUGAAGAAGGCACAGGAGGCUAGAGCUUUGAAGCUGUUGAAGAAAGAGGCUGGACCCUGCCCCUAGGCAGGGCCCCACCCUUCCCUGAAGAAGCACUUUUUUUUUUUUGGAGAGUCAGAGGGCUGGCUAACCCCUUGUUGAAGAAACUUAGGUUGUGACCAAAAGCCUGAAGCCAGGGCCAGGAAGCUACCUGACACUCUUCCUGGGUCUCAGGACAGCAUGUCAAGUCUUGCUUGAUCUCUGGGCCAGAGGUGGCCUGAAGCCUCUUUGGAGCCACAUACCAGGCUGGGCUGGGUGCGCCUGGGUGAUGGGAAUGGGACUCAGGAACCCAGAGAUGGGAAUUGUGGGGCUGAAGAGAAUGUGACUGACUACUGAUCCCCUGAGUCUGAGAAUAGACCCAGGGAUGACACUGACAUGGGACAUAAGAAAGCUGGUGUGGAGCCUUGGGCCAGCACAGAAGGAAACACUAGUUGAGGACUGUCUCAGCACUUUGGACCUGGAGAGAGAAGGAAGUCACUGGAAUAAGAUGGAGAGGGGUGUCUUCACCCAUAGCUUGUUGUCUUCUCUACUCCUAUCAAUAAAACUUCACCAAUGUCUCUGA